GAGGCGUACGAGUCGAUCGGUCCGCUGCACGCGCGGCGACGUGCCGAGCGGGUGCGCGCGCGCAACGUGGUGAUGUUCCUGGGCGACGGCAUGUCCGUGCCCACGCUGGCGGCCGCGCGCGCGCUGCUCGGCCAGCGCGAGCAGCGCCCUGGCGAGGAGGCGCAGCUCUCCUUCGAGGCCUUCCCCACCGUCGGGCUCGCGAAGACCUACUGCGUGAACAGGCAGACGGCGGACUCGGCGUGCUCGGCGACAGCGUACCUGUGCGGCGUGAAGGCCAACGGCGGCACGUUGGGGCUGACAGCCGCUGUGCCGCGCCGCGACUGCAACGCGUCCCUCGUGCCCGCCGCGCGCCUGGCGUCCAUUGCCGCUUGGGCGUUGGCGGACGGCCGCGACGCCGGCAUCGUGACGACGACGCGCGUGACGCACGCGUCGCCGGCGGGCGCGUACGCGCGGGCCGCGGACCGCAACUGGGAGAGCGACGUGGACGUGCGCGCGGACGGCCACGACCCCGCCGCGUGCGCAGACAUCGCGCACCAGCUCGUGCACGAGUACCCCGGGAACGAAUUCAAGGUGAUAUUGGGCGGAGGUCGCCGCGAAUUCUUACCUAUAACCUCCGUCGACGAGGAGGGCACGCGGGGGCGCCGCACUGAUGGCAGGGACCUCAUAGAAGAGUGGCGCGACGUCAAGAGGGCACGCAACGCGAGCUACGCGUACGCCUGGCACCGCGACCAGCUGCUACAGGCCAACGAAUCGCUGCCCGACUAUCUGCUCGGCCUGUUCGAAAGCGGCCACCUACGCUACAACCUGCUGACCGACGCCGUCAGCGAGCCCACGCUCGCCGAGCUCACCGAGAUCGCCAUACGAUCGUUGAGCAGGAACGACCGAGGAUUCUUUCUGUUCGUGGAGGGCGGGCGUAUCGACCACGCGCACCAUGACAACCGCGCGGAGCUCGCUCUGGAUGAAACUAUCGAGCUGAGCCAUGCGGUGGCGCGCGCCACGCAGCUGCUAUCCGAGGAAGACUCGCUGGUGGUGGUGACGGCCGACCACGCGCACGUGAUGUCGUUCAACGGGUACAGCGCGCGCGGCGCAGACGUGCUGGGCGUGUCCGACGCCCGCGAUGCCGACGGCGUGCCCUACAUGACGCUAUCCUACAUCAACGGGCCCGGUCACCGCCGAGAGGUGGACGGCAGGCGCGUCGACGUCACGCAGGAACAAGACUUCCGCGCGGUGCAAUGGCGCAGUCACGUGGAGGUGCCGCUGGACUCGGAGACGCACGGCGCGGACGACGUUGCCGUGUUCGCGUGGGGACGCCACCACGACGCGUUCUCCGGCCUGUACGAGCAGAGCCAGCUGCCGCACCGCAUGGCGUACGCGGGCUGCUUCGGGUCGGGGCUGACCGCGUGCGGCGCGGCCGCGCUUCGCCAGUCGCUGCUCGCGCUCGCCCUCGUGCUGCUCAUGCAGCUUGUAAAAUUAUUAUAA